CAACUUGGUCACACUCAAAACUGAAACAGCGGAAGGUAAGAAUACGUCUGUGGAGAUCAUAAUAAACUGGUCAAAUGUUGGAUGUUUCAUAAUGAUACGCAAUGUGGUGGUGGGCGUCUCCGGGGGCGUGGACAGCGCGGUCAGCGCACAUCUGCUCAAGGAGCGGGGGUUUAAUGUGCUUGGCAUAUUUAUGCGUAACUGGGAUGAGCACGAUGAAUCCGGCCGCUGCAGUGGCGAGCAGGACUUAAAGGACGCGGAAUGGGCUUGCCGGAAACUGGAUAUUGAGCUACGCCAAGUUAACUAUGUGAAGCAGUACUGGACAUCGGUAUUUAGUCAAUUCUUAGAGGAUUAUCAACAGGGUCUGACUCCGAAUCCGGACAUAUUGUGCAAUAAGCAUAUCAAAUUCAACCUGUUUCAUCAGCACGCACUUCAUACGCUUCAAUACGAUGCCAUAGCCACUGGUCAUUAUGCUCGCAACAGUUUGGGAGACUUUCUGGAGCAUGCCGGAAGCCGGGGCGCGGAAGAUGUUCGCUUGCUCAUACCCGCCGACACAUUCAAGGAUCAGACCUUCUUUCUAGCCGGCAUAGAACAGGCAGCACUGCAGCGCACAAUGUUUCCGCUAGGUGGCCUGAAGAAGACUGACGUAAAGGAGUUGGCGCGUCGCAUCGGUCUGCAGCGCCUUGCAGAAAAGCGUGAAAGCACCGGCAUCUGCUUCGUGGGCAAGCGCGACUUCAAGGCAUUUAUACGGGAGUACAUAAUCUCCAAACCGGGCGACUUUGUGGACGUCGAUAGCGGCAGUAUAGUGGGCACCCACGAGGGUAUUCACCAGUGGACCGUAGGACAGCGCUGUCGCUUAAGUUCCUAUCUUCUGCCAUACUUUGUGGCCCGCAAAGACGCAGCCAGCAAUAUCAUUUACGUAGCCGCUGGCCAUGAACAUCCCGCGUUACACAGCACCCGCAUUCACAUUGACGAAGUGAACUGGUUAUGCAGCCGGGCACGGCAAAAGUUGUCCACAGAAGGCAGCCUGCGUUGUCGCUUUCGCUUCCAGCACACAAAACCUUUGGUCGACUGUCAGCUGCGUCCCUUCGAGGUGCAGCUGGAUGUUCCACUGCGCGCCAUCACCCCAGGUCAAUAUGCUGUCUUCUAUGACGAUGUGGCAUGCCUGGGAGCUGCGCGCAUUCUGCAUGGCGAACCGUUGCAUCGCAAGCAGCAGCAAGUGGCCAUGGAGCGAUAACAGUUAAUUACAUGACUUUUGUAUAUGGUAUAUAUUUUUUUUAUACACUUACACUUCUGUAAAAAUGUACAUAAAUAUAGAUAGAAAACAAAACUCAUAACUCUUUGCAAUGCAUCUUCUAUCUGCAG